AUGAGAUUAUCUGCCGUUCCCAUACGAUAUCUUUGGUACAUUCUAUGCGGUGGAAUUGGUGCUGGCAUGGGAAUAUCCGUCAAUACCUUGGUAGCAUCGCGUUUGUCUCCACCCACGCCCGGAUCUUCAGAAGACCAGCACGCCCUCGAGCAGCUCGCACAAGGAUGGGACAAGCUCGAUGCAAUCGUAUCUUUGCGAUCGAAGGGUUAUAAUCUGCAUUCAGACACAUCAUUGAGCGGAUCCGGUCCAGGGAAAGGCGGUUGGCUGGAAUUAGACCUCAGAAGACACAUAGCCGAGGACACCAACGUCGCAGAGAAACCUACGCGGACGCUGACAGAAGAUACGCUGACUGGCAUUCGAGGGCUGGGGAUACAACGGGCGUUCUGGAAUUCCGAGACUCGAGAGAUUGUAGCAGUCGUUUGGAUUGGCACCAUGCUAUCAGGCUGGCCGGGCAUAGCUCAUGGGGGCGUGAUCGCCACUAUAUUCGAGGAUGUGAUGUCUAGAAUGAUGGCAGGGCCUCAUGGAUCUGUAGAUUCGGUCUCCACACCAAGUUCAAUGAGCGUGGACUAUCUGCGCCCUACAUUCAGUGGAAACACUUUCAUCCUCCGCGCCUCUUUCUCUAAGCCAGCCCUCUCAGAAGAAGCAAGACCCCGCGAGCCUGAACCCAAAUCCUGGCUUCCCUCCUGGAAAGACUUCACGAAGAAGCCCUCGGGUGCAUCGACUGUGGAGAUCAACGGCACACUUGAAGAUCUAGAUGGCAAGGUCAAAGUCAGGGCCAAAUGCGCUUGGCCGGCCUCUGCAGUUGUAAAUAGAGGAUGA